CCAGGACCAUAGCGAACCAGUCUGAGACCAGGACCAGAACCACCUUUACCACAACCCCAAGGACUAGAACCACCAGGACAAGAUAGAAACGACAGAAGCUCAGAGAACUAGAUUUAGGAACAGAUCUGCAACAAUCAACUAAUCAGGAGCUGACUGAGGACCAGAACCAGAACCUGAGACUCAUUUACAGUUUAAGGUCUUUAACAGUUUCUUGCAGAACUCUGUUUCUGUUCUUUGUUUCCACUUUUUAAAUCAUCAGAGACUUGACUGAUUCAACUGAUAUUGGACUCCGCUGAGUCACUGAGGAUUCGAUCUAAGGGAUUCAGUGAGUCUCUUUAGCAGGGACGGACAUUCAGUCUGCUGUUUCCACUGACUCUGAGUCAGAGCCUGUCAUGUCUUCUCUGUUCUUCUUUGUGGCUGUCAUCUUCCUUGUGGAUUCCUCUCCGGCGGUCUCUCCGGCUCCUGAGGUGGAUUUGGUGUCCUCCAGUGACUGUCCGUCCUGCUCUUUGUCUCUAACGAAGAGGAACAUCUCUUCAUCAGGAGGAGAGAGUGACGUGGUGAAGGCGGUGAAGCGUCACAUUCUCAACAUGCUGCACCUGAGCACCCGACCCAACCUUACGCAGCCGGUCCCUCGUGUCGCGCUGCUCAACGCCAUCAAGAAGCUGCACGUGGGCCAUGUGACCAAAGACGGCAGCAUUGAGAUCCAGGAGGAGGGCUGGGCACCUGGGGCUCCAACACCACCUGAACCUCCAUCGGAAAUCAUCAUUUUCGCAGAGCCCGGUGACUCUCAGAACAUGAUGACCUUUGACAUCUCGAAGGAGGGCAGUGGCUCAGCGGUGGCGGAGCAGGCCAAUGUCUGGAUCUUUCUGAAAAUGUCAAAGGGAAACCGAGUGAAGCGCAAAGUGUUGCUGCGGCUGCUACAGCAUGACCACGACAAAGACACGGAGCAGGAGUGUGUUUCAGAGAAGAUGGUGGACACCCGUCGUAGCGGCUGGCACACUCUCUCCAUCCCUCACAUCGUUCAGAGCCUGUUGGAUGGCGGCAGCCGCUCCCUCAGCCUGAGGGUUUCCUGUCCGCUGUGUGUCGAGGCUGGAGUCUCACCUGUCCUGAUGCCUGCCAACAGCGAGCGAGCAGGAGGUCGAGACCAGUCUCAUCGACCGUUCCUCAUGGUGGCUCUCCGAGCCCAGGAGGAGGCCACGCAGCGACGAGUCAAACGAAGUCUGGAGUGUGAUGGAAAAAUACGUGUUUGCUGUAAAAGACAGUUCUUUGUGAACUUUAAAGACAUUGGCUGGAACGACUGGAUUAUUGCUCCAUCAGGUUAUCAUGCCAACUACUGUGAAGGCGACUGUCCGAACCACAUGGUGAGCCUCAGCAGCUCCUCGCUCUCCUUCCACUCAACGGUCAUCAAUCAUUAUCGCAUGAGAGGCUUUGGUCCGUUUCAAAAUAUCAAGUCCUGCUGCGUGCCAAUGAGGCUGCGCGCCAUGUCCAUGCUUUACUACAGCGAGGAGCAGAAAAUCAUCAAGAAGGACAUUCAGAACAUGAUCGUGGACGAGUGCGGCUGCUCGUAAACAUGACGUUAGAAACACUCUGAAGACAAACACAUCACAUCAGCACUUUCACAUAAAAGAUUGUUAAAAAAACUAUUUAUGUUUAGUGAUGACAUUGUUUUUCUUAUUAUGAGAAACUGUUUUCCACAUUGGAACAACCCGAAAAUAUUAUGCAACAAAUGUGUCCUGUCUUCAUACUUGGUUUGUCCGAUGUUUUUCAUGUUUUAUAUUGUCAUAGAAAAUGUGAGGGAAUUCUUUUUGUUGAUGAUGAAUUGAUGACUGCUUCAACUUGUCUAAAAAAAUCUCUACUGUUACUUGAAGAAAUGUUGUUAAACCAGCUGUUGGAGCCAAACAUAACUCUUAAAUAUUAUUGUUAUUAUUAUUAUAAUUAUUAUUUUUGAAAAGUAGAGAUUCCUUCAAAUGUUGUAUCAGCUACGAAGUGAGAAGGUUAAGACGAGAGCCAAAGACAGAUGAUGCUGAAGAUGAAGAAGAUACAUUUUUCUGAAAUAUAAACAAAAACGUCAGUCAGUGAACGAGUGUGUCGGUUAAGAAAUGUGAGAAAGUAAACGAGUGUGAUUCCAUUUUACGACUGUGAAUCAGAUAAUGUGUGUUAGUUGUUUAAUGAAUGUAAGUCCGUUAACAAGUGUGAGUCAUUUAAUGUGUGUUAGUCUGCUAACGAGUGUUAGUCACAAGUCUGAGUUGGUAAACACGUGUGAGUAAGGUAAUGAGUGGGAUCAGUUAAAGUGUGUGACUCAGUUCAUCAUUAAUCAGCAACUUUGAGAGCUUUGAAAAAUGCUAUAUAAAUACGAUGAAUUAUUAUUAUAAUUUUUAAAAUAACUGUCCGUUUUUAUCGUUUCUUCCAGAUUUAAAAAAACAACUGAAUUAUCAAAUCGUAUAACUCUUUCUUUGUAUGACCCUGUUGUUCUUCUGUG